AUAUUUGACACUUUCUAACAUGUAUGAUAUUUACCUAACCCUUUCCAACAUCUUCUCUAUAUAUUGACACUUCUUCUCAACUAUUCAUGUCUUUUUUUCACAUCAUCCUGCACUUGUAAGAAGCUCACACAAACGGUGAACCAAAUAAAAAGUAGGAGAAGCUGCAGUUUCUAUGGACCAGGUUCUUCCCUCCAAGCGUUCUCCGGACCAGGUUCCUCCGGUUCAUGAAAAUGCAGUUGCAGAGGAUCAUGCUGAGAAAAAAGGUACUGAUGAGUCGUUUGACAGAGUUGUUGCACUUACAAGAGUUGAGACCGAGAAGAGAUUGGCGUUGAUCAAGGCAUGGGAAGAAAGUGAGAAAACAAAAGCAGAGAAUAAGGCAUAUAAGAAGUUGUCUGCAAUUGGAGCACAGGAAAACACUCAAAGAGCAAAAGUUGAAGCUCAACUUAAGCAGAUUGAGGAAGAACUGGAGAAAGAAAAGGCGGAAAAAGUAGAGAAAAUGAAGAACAAGAUAGCUAUACUCCAUCAGAUAGCAGAAGAAAAGCGAGCCGCGGUGGAAGCGAAACGUGGAGAAGAGAUCCUCAAGGUUGAAGAAGAAGGGGCCAAGUAUAGAAAAAAUGGAACCACACCAACAAGAUAUUUGGGAUGCUUUGGUUGUUAAUUUGUUUUAAGUUCUGGACUGGGAUUUGUUUGUCCAUGGUCUUUCGAUUUCUUCUCAUCUACAUAAUGCUUAUGAUCAUUGUUUGAUACAUGAAGAACAGACUAGAAUUUUUAUAGCUGAUCUUAGAUCAUAUGUUUUAGACAGACUUGGUUAAUGUAUACUUCGGGGGUGUUUGUUUCCGGCUUAAAAGCCGAGCUUCUGGUUUAUUUAUAAGUUAAAAGCACUUAUUUGUA